AUGCUUUGGUUAAUAAUCAUUCUUCUCUGCCUUGGCAAUUUAAAGUCCGAGUUAUUGGAUAUUUCCAAUGAAACUAACUCAGACUUAGAGGAAGGAUUGUUCAGCCUUCUCCUAAGAUUGGAAAUCGAAGAAAACUACAACACCCUACUAAUUUAUGGCGACGAUUGUGCUUUUCCUUCUCUAUCCAGACGACUAAAAAUCCCAACAGUACUGGUGUCUUCUGGUAGCACCAACUUCGAAUGGAACUUCAGCAGCUUAACCCUUAUACUCAGUUGUGACUUUCAAGCCGAAAGGGAGGAGAACUAUCGCACACUAAUGAAGCUGCAAAUGAACCGAAGACUAAUCCUUCUGCGAGGGGAUAUACAACCGCAGUCGGUGUGCGACUUCUAUUCGAAAAAAGAGCAAUACAAUGUAGCCAUGGUGAAGGACAACUUGGAUCAGUCCGGGGUGGUAUACUCCUGCCGCCUCUUUCAAGAACCAAACUUUGAAAAAGUAAAUCUAUUCGAAGGUAACCCGAUUUUCAUAGAACAAUUUCGAAACAUGAAAGGAGCGCCGAUUAGAUCCUUCCCAGACAUGUUAGCACCUCGAUGCAUGUUAUACCGCGAUCCUAAAUCCGGCAAAGAGAAGUAUAUUGGCUUCGUAGCCAAUUUGUUAAAUAACUUCGUUGAAAAGGUCAAUGCUACCAUUGUUAUGCAGGAGCAUUUGAUCGAGGCCGGAAAGGAAGUGUCUUUUGUAAAUAUAACGAAUUGGGCUGCGGAAGAUCUUCUAGACAUUGGAAUGAGCGAGGCUCUCUCCUUUAAAAAGACAAGCUUCGAAACGCUCUCUUAUCCGUACAUAAUGAGUUCCUACUGCCUAAUGGUUCCUCUUCCGGAUGAUAUACCUUUUAAUCAAAUCUACAUUGCGAUCGUGGAUCCAUUCGUCCUUAUAAUGAUUUUAUUGUUAUUCUUCGUUUUUUCUGUGAUGCUGAUCUAUCUGCAAGAAAAAUCUCUGAGCCUGAGCAGCGUCCUGAUGAACGAUAUAUGUAUGAGGGGACUCUUGGCUCAAUCGUUUCCUUUUCCCCGUUACUCCAGCAGAAAACUUAAGUUGAUUUUCAUGAUUCUUUGCUUUUCCAGUAUGAUUACAACCACGAUGUAUAUGACUUACCUGCAGGCUUUCCUAUAUACUCCUCCUGUCGAGCCGUAUAUAACCUCCUUCGACGACUUGGAGAUAUCCAGGUACAAGUUAGCCAUAACCUUUUACGAAGAAGAGAUACUUCAGUUCUUGAACGUCAGCCAGGAAAAGGUACUGGUCCUUGAAUACAGUCGAUUCGAGCAAUUGCGAAGCACUUUCAAUGACAACUAUAUCUACCCGGUAACCGCAUUGCGAUGGAUCACCUUUAGCCAGCAACAAGAUAUCUUCAAAUCUCCACUCUUCUACUACGAAGAUGAACUCUGCCUAAAUUAUUUUGAUAUCUUAAGCUUUCCCAUUCGGCGUCAUUUGCCCUAUCGCGAUCUCUUCGAGGAGCAUAUGCUGCGACAGAAAGAGUUUGGAUUAACGAAGCACUGGAUCGAUAGAAGCUUCUUGGACAUGCGGAGACUCAAUCUGACAUCACUGAAAGAUUUCAGUCGCCCAAUCCCGGAUGAUCAGAUCGAAGUACACAAUCUAUACUGGGUCUUUUGCAUGUAUUUCGCAGGAUUAGGCCUUGGUUUCUGUUGCUUUAUCGUGGAGCUUAUGGGACCUCUGAACCGGUGGAUAUAA